CUCUCUCUGCCUUUCCCCGACUUGGCAGUAUCUGCGGCAAGCUGGGUGCUUAGGCAGACAAGGGGGCGCUAUUCCGCUUCUGUCCCAGGUCAACCUGACGUGCCCCUCCUUCACUCAGACAAGGUAGCGUAGCAUCUCAUUCCCGACCUUGCCAUCUACAUCGCCUUAAACCUCAAACAAGGCCGCAUUUCUUACACUCGUUUUUCCUUACCUUUCUUCUCUCUCUCACCUUUGUCUCUACUCUCUACUUCCAGUCAAAAUGUCUGCCCGUCUCCCCCUCUUCACCCGUGGCCUCGCCGGCCCCCAGGAGACCGAGAACGGCGGAGGCUCCCCCGCCGAGCAGCGAGACGACGCCAAGCGCAACUUUCUCAAGACGAUGCGCGCCCUUCCCACGCAGCACUACUGGAACGUCUACUUUGACCGCCAGGCCAAGGAUGGGCAGCCCUCGGCCGACGGCAAGGACCAGUACCACGCCAAGCUCGAGCAGCUCGGCACCCAGAUCGAGUCGGUCCAGGACUUUUGGCGGUACGCCAACAACACACCCAUCGAGAACAUCAAGAUGCGCGAGUCUCUGUACCUCUUCAAGUCUGGCUUCCGCCCCGUUUGGGAAGAUCGUCGGAAUAUUCUCGGUGGUAGCUGGACCUUUCGUGUGCCCAAGAGCAUUGGGCCUGAUGUCUGGACCCGUGUUCAGCUGCUAGCUAUUGGCGAGAAGCUCCAGAGCGUCCUUGACGAUGAUGAUCAGCUCUGCGGCGUCGGUCUCUCGGUUCGUUUCAACUCGCACCUCGUCACCAUCUGGCACCGCGACGCCUCCAAGCAGAACUCAGUCGAGGGCAUCCUCGCCUGUGUCAUGGAAGAGCUUCCCGCCGAGCUACGCCCCAAGCCCGACGCAUACUUUUACAAGAGGCACGCCGACCACCUCGGCUUCAACCCUCCCCCGGAGCUCAAGGCCGUCCUCGACUCCCGCCGCAAGGAGGAAGCUGCUCGACAAGCAGCCACCCAGGACGAGUCUGGUGAUGCUGCGCCGGCCGAGCAGCCCGAGGUGACGGUUCAGUCACCUCAAUGAGUUACGAAUAUUACGGCCUUUUCGAUAUUCACUUGAUUGUUUGUUUAAAUUUCUUUUUUUUUUUUUUUGAGAUCUUUAGUUUGGGAACACAUAUCGAGUUGUGUCGGCUUCAGCCUUGACACAGAUCCCGUCGUCACGGGCGGGGGAAGGAAUUGCAUUUGUCAUGGCGUUUCAGAAGUAGGCGGGAAAUCAUAUACUAUUACGGCCAGGGAAAUUCAUCUAGAAGGAUUUACCAUCCCCUGGUUACUAUUCAAAUCGAUCAAGGCGAGAGAGAACUCAGAGCUCGUCAUACAC